GUUUGAAAAAUUCGAAGGAAACAUGCCGAAAGCUGGUUUUAAAAAAGCGUCAUUCCCACAAAAGAAGUCAGCAGUUUCAGAUACGAUCAGUGAUCUCUCGGACGAUGAUUUAUUGGAAUCAAAGCCAGUCAAGAUGCCCAUAAAACCGAUGGAAAAUGUUAGGCCUGUGAGAAAAAGAGCAGCGGAGGACACGUAUCCCAUACAAGCUGACGAAGAUACUUUAAAUUUAAACUUGGAUGAUGAAGUUAGUAAAAUGUUAGAAUCAUUCGAAUCGGGUAUGCAGCGUGCAUUAAACGCGAAGAGAAAACGCCUACAAGAAUUUGCAUCAGGACCAAUAAAAGUCAUCCAAAACAAAAUUACACAGCUUUGGACAGCACAGCGUGAGAAACGGAAGAUCGACUUAAAUGAUUUUCAGGAAAACGUCAAAAAAGUUCGCCAGAAGUGGGAAUCAAAUCUAGACAAUUUUAAAGAAGAAGAAAAGAAAUUAUUUACAUUACUUCACAGACACAUGAAGGCAGCUAAAGAAAAAUAUGAUACUAUGAAAGAAAAUAUUGAAAUGUUGAAACAGUUGCAUGAAGACUUUUUCAAGGGCACUCAUGAACAAGACGAAAAGGAUCAAGAGACUUGCAAUGAAGUAUAUGUGCAAAUUGAGAAAGAAUUAAUUGACUUGCAGAAUAAAAUGUUACUGAAAACUCAGCAAGAUGAAAUUGCAAACAUGCAAAACUCACUAAAAAGUAUGUUAUUUCUUUAAAUGUAACUUGUGUCACUGAAUAUAUGUGCUAAAUGAAACUGUGAAGUGAAUCACAUCAUAAGCCUGUCAUGCCAUUAAUGCAUUUUCCUACAACUUUCUAGUUCCUAUUGUUUAAGAUUAAUUUCUGUCCGAGUUAGUCACAUUGACUGGUGUAAGUUAAUAGAAGUGAAGUCCAUAAAUUGCAAACAGUACAGUAAUGCAUCAGUGAAAUAAUGUCACAGCAAUCUCUCAA